UGUUCUGCGGCGGCUGGGUACGGUGGCCUGAAGAUCUGGCGUUCCCUGUUUCCUCAUUGAGCCCUCCCCUUGGCCCGCGCGCCUUCUGCUCGCCUCUUGCGCGCUGCUGCCCGGGAGGGGAUCGGGUUAAGGCUGCCAGGGGCUCAGCUCUGCUCACAUGGAUGGGACAGAGACCCGACAGCGGAAGCCAGAGGAGCUGGCUCUGCCACACGCCUUCAGCCCUGGAAGACUCUCUGGAGCCUCAGAAGAUGGACUUCCGAGUGUGUCUGAGAGCCACAGGGUGGUCUCUAAACCACUGGGGUCUGAGUUCAGCAAGGAGACUGCCUUGUCCAUUGGCCUUCAGGUGAUGGUGCCCUUCAUGUUUGCAGGACUGGGACUGUCUGGGGCUGGUAUGCUUUUGAACUAUUUCCAGCAUUGGCCUGUGUUUGUGGAGGUUAAAGACCUAUUGACGUUGGUGCCACCCCUGGUGGGCCUGAAGGGGAACCUGGAAAUGACGCUGGCGUCACGACUCUCCACUGCUGCCAACACUGGACAAAUUGAUGACACCCAAGAGCAGCACAGAGUUAUCAGCAGUAACCUCGCCCUCAUUCAGGUGCAGGCCACUGUUGUGGGGUUCCUGGCUGCUGUGGCCGCCCUGCUGCUGGGUGCUAUGUCUAGGGAGGAGUUGGACUUUGUGAAGGUGGAGUUGCUGUGUGCCAGCAGUGUCAUCACCGCCUUUCUCGCUGCAUUUGCCUUAGGAAUGCUGAUGGUCUGCAUAGUAAUUGGUGCUCGGAAGCUUGGGGUCAAUCCAGACAACAUUGCCACGCCCAUUGCUGCCAGCCUGGGAGACCUCAUCACGUUGUCCAUCCUGGCCUUUGUUAGCAGCUUCUUCUAUAAACACAAAGAUAAUCGAUACCUGACGCUGCUGGUCUGUAUCAGCUUCACGGCCCUGAUCCCCUUGUGGGUCCUCAUUGUCAAGCAGAACCCGCCCAUCAUGAGGAUCCUGAAGUUCGGGUGGUUCCCAAUCAUUCUAGCGAUGGUCAUCAGCAGUUUUGGAGGGCUCAUCUUGAACAAAACCAUUUCUAAACAGCAAUUCCAAGGCAUGGCCAUAUUUACUCCCAUCAUAUGUGGUGUUGGUGGCAAUCUAGUGGCAAUUCAGACCAGCCGGAUCUCCACCUACCUGCACAUGUGGAGCACACCUGGUGUCCUACCCCUCUGGAUGAAACAAUACUGGCCUAAUCCAUGCUCCACUUUCUGCACCUCAGAAAUUAAUUCCAUAUCAGCUCGAGUCCUGCUCUCUCUGGUGGUUCCAGGCCAUCUGAUUUUCUUCUAUAUCAUUUACUUGGUGGAAGGCCAUUUGGUCCCACAAAGUAAGAUGUUUGUGGUGUUCUAUCUGCUAGCAAGUCUGAUGCAGGUGACAAUUCUGCUGUACCUGGCAGAAGUAAUGGUUCGGCUCACGUGGCACCAGGCUCUGGAUCCAGACAGUCACUGCAUCCCCUACCUCACAGGGCUGGGGGACCUGCUAGGGACUGGCCUCCUGACACUCUGCUUCCUUAUCAACUGGUUAUUGAGGAGUGAAGCAGGGCUGGAUGGCAUCUCAGACCCAGCAUCCGGGCCUCCCUAAUGAGCCCAGGCAGCCAUAUUUGCUCAGUAGAAUUUUCCUUCCCACCAGCAGGGUACAGAAUACAGUUUCUCCCUGACUAGGUCCUCAGGAAGGAUGGUUAACACCCUGAUUCUGCAGUGACCCUUUGUCAGUCUUCCAGGGACAUUCACACAUCUUGACUCUGGAGUUGGAAGCUGAGCCUGUAAAGGUGAAGGAGACCUGAAAUCAGAGGCAGUGUUUGUGUACAUGUGACUGCAUGCUCCUGGGCUUGAGUGUGUACUCAUGUGCUGGGUGAGUGCAAAUAAGUGCAUGUGUGUGUGUGGAGAGCAGGGGACUCUGGCCUGAAGACGCUGAAGGAAGAGGCAUGUCCAGUGCACUGGGGGGAUGUGUGGGCAGUGUUCUGUGUCCACACAGCCUGUACUUGGAAGGAGCAGGAAGGAAACACUUUCUGUGCCUAUACCUCAGGACUGUGCUGUGGCUUACCCACAGGCUGACUAGAUCCAAGCUUCAUGGGCUAUUUUGCUGAUGUGCCUGCAAAUGUGCAACCCUUCCCAGGACAGCCCUUCCUUGCAUACCCUUGUCAUCUGCUCUUGGUAUUUAAUCCUGUCGCUAUUUUUCUUUUUCUUUUUUUAUGUUGAAGCCAAACUUCUGUUUAGAUUUUAGUGAUCAUAAAAGUAUAAAAUAAAACAUAGAUUAUAUUGUA